AAUUAAACAGUCUGGAGGUUUUAAGACAACAAUCCCGUUCUAUUGCUGCCCUAAGGAGGAAAUCACAACUCAAGUUGUCGAAAUGGAGCGAUGUGAAAGCCAACGAAGAAGGCGACGAAGGAAAAAAGCUGCACUUUGUCAGCCCGGCACGCAGGAAGUCAGUGCUGGCACCCAUCUUAAAUAAAAUAAAAAAUGGCAAUGAUGCCAAUGGCAACGGCACUGGCAGUGGUGGCGGUGGCAGCAGCAUCAGCGGCGGCAGUGGCACUGGAGGCAACGGCUCGGAUACCGAAAAGAAAUCCAAUGCCACCGAUAGUACGGGUCACAUUAGUGUACAAAUAGAACCGGCUAAAAAGGUCAAGCGCCACAGCAUCCACGGCAUGAUGGAGGAGGAGAACAUCAUACGACCUCAUCAGGAAAUACGCCAAUUGACAUUGGAGGAAAAGAAAUUUCUGUUGGCCGUGGAACGAGGUGAUAUGGCUGGCACCAGAAGGAUGCUACAAAAGGCCCAAGACACCGAUUACAUCAAUAUCAAUUGUGUGGAUCCACUGGGGCGGACAGCACUGCUGAUGGCCAUUGAUAAUGAAAAUUUGGAAAUGGUGGAGUUGCUGAUAAGCUAUAAUGUCGAUACUAAAGAUGCUUUAUUACAUUCCAUAUCUGAAGAGUUUGUGGAGGCGGUGGAGGUGUUGCUGGAUCAUGAGCAUGUUACUUUUACAAUAGAGGGGAAUCAUAGCUGGGAAUCUUCUCCGGAGGAAACGUCGACCUUUACACCCGACAUAACACCUCUAAUACUGGCGGCACAUCGUGAUAACUAUGAAAUAAUAAAAAUUCUCUUAGAUCGCGGUGCGGUGCUGCCCAUGCCUCAUGAUGUGCGCUGCGGCUGUGAUGAAUGUGUUCAAUCGCGGCAAGAGGACUCAUUGCGGCAUUCGCGUUCCCGCAUCAAUGCCUAUCGUGCUCUGGCCAGCCCUAGUUUAAUUGCCUUGUCCUCGAAGGAUCCUAUUUUAACUGCAUUUGAGCUGUCGUGGGAGCUGAGACGUUUGAGUUUUUUAGAACAUGAAUUUAAGAAUGAAUACCAGGAAUUGCGCAAACAAUGCCAGGAUUUUGCCACCGCUUUAUUAGAUCACACCCGCACCUCUCAUGAAUUGGAAAUUUUACUAAAUCACGAUCCUACCGGUCCAGUUUAUGAGCAUGGCGAGCGUAUGCAUUUAAAUCGUUUAAAAUUAGCCAUAAAAUUAAGACAAAAGAAGUUUGUUGCCCAUUCGAAUGUCCAACAACUGCUGGCGAGCAUUUGGUAUGAAGGCCUACCAGGAUUUCGCCGCAAAAAUAUGGCUUUACAAGCUUUAGAUAUUAUAAGAAUAGGUAUGAUGUUUCCCAUAUUCUCAUUGGCCUAUAUAUUGGCGCCCUAUUCCAGUGUUGGACAAACAAUGCGUAAACCUUUUAUAAAAUUUAUCUGUCACAGUGCCUCAUAUUUUACAUUUUUAUUUUUAUUAAUGUUGGCUUCGCAGCGUAUUGAAACAUUUAUUGGAGGUUGGUUUUGGUCAGACAGCAAAAACAAUAUGGUCCAUCAAGUGGAAGAGUUGCCCACCAAGAGGGGUGCCAAGCCCACCUUUAUUGAGUGGUUGAUAUUGGCCUGGGUUAGUGGUCUAAUCUGGAGCGAGGUCAAACAGCUAUGGGAUGUUGGCCUCCAAGAGUAUCUCAACGAUAUGUGGAAUGUCAUCGAUUUCGUUACGAAUUCCCUCUAUGUGGCCACUGUCGCCCUGAGGGUGGUGUCAUUUUUCCAAGUACAAAAAGAAAUGAUCACGAAUCCGCAUGCCACCGAUCUACCGCGUGAGCGUUGGGAUGCCUGGGAUCCAAUGCUCAUUUCGGAAGGUCUCUUCAGUGCGGCCAACAUUUUCAGUAGCCUCAAAUUGGUUUACAUAUUUUCGGUUAAUCCACAUUUGGGUCCACUGCAAGUGUCAUUGUCCCGCAUGGUCAUGGAUAUUAUGAAGUUCUUCUUUUUGUAUGUAUUGGUGUUGUUUGCCUUCGGGAGUGGUUUGAAUCAGUUGUUGUGGUACUAUGCUGACCUGGAGAAGAAGAGAUGUCCCGAGGUCUCGCCCACAAAUGUUCUGCUCAAUAUGAACGGUACCACCGACCCGAAUGCCUGCAUUGUAUGGCGGCGUUUUUCCAACCUCUUUGAGACAACUCAAACCUUGUUCUGGGCCGUUUUCGGUCUCAUCGAUUUGGAUAGCUUCGAAUUGGAUGGCAUUAAAAUAUUCACCCGUUUCUGGGGCAUGUUAAUGUUCGGCACCUAUUCGGUUAUAAAUAUUGUGGUCCUGCUGAAUCUGCUUAUAGCCAUGAUGAAUCAUUCGUAUCAAUUAAUAUCGGAACGUGCCGAUGUUGAGUGGAAAUUUGCCCGCUCCAAAUUGUGGAUCAGCUAUUUUGAAGAGGGCGGCACUUGUCCACCACCUUUUAAUAUAAUUCCAACACCCAAGUCCAUAUGGUAUGCCUUCAAGUGGGCUCGACGUGUCUUCUGCAGUGGCUCGUCGGCAGCGAGACGUGAACACUUGAAGACAAUUAGGCGUAAAGCUCAACAGGCCAACGAUCGUGAUUUCAAAUAUCAGCAAAUUAUGCGCAACCUCGUGAGACGUUAUGUAACGGUAGAGCAACGUAAGGCUGAGUCACAGGGUGUCACCGAAGAUGACGUCAAUGAAAUUAAACAAGAUAUAUCGGCAUUCCGUUGUGAACUGGUGGAAAUUCUCAAAAAUAGUGGCAUGGAUACGAAUGUGUCGGCGGGACAGGGAGGAGGAGGUGGUAAAAAGAAUCGCCAAAAGGAACGGCGUCUCAUGAAAGGUUUCAAUAUUGCUCCGCCGGGUUCCACAGGGUCUCUAGCCCCGGUGGCUGAAUUUUCCACCUCAUUGGACAAUUUCGAACAGCAGCAUGACAUAUUGUCGUCAACCCUAUCGAAUCUCUUUACACCGAAUUUCAUGCAAAAGAAGGCCACUUUCUGUGCCAGUGAUAGUUUCAACAGCAUGGAGUCGCCACCACCUUCGCUCAUUUCCACGGUGAACACUGUGCAGUCGGCCAAUAAAUACAACAAAUCCACACUGAAACCCUACAACAAAAGGAUUGCGGGUCACAAAAAGAAAUGGGGUACCCUUAUCGAGGCAGCCAAAGUGGGUAAUGUUUCGAAAAUGUUAGGACGUUCCAAAUCCGAAGAUUCGGUGUGUAAUUCGUCGACAACUUCGUCCCCAGUCCAUGGCCAGGUGAGGGUGACCUAUUCGCAGAAUGGCCAAAGUUAUUACAACAGCAGUAAUUCGAAUGAAUCAACAACUGGGCCGAGCUACAAUAUCCCUGCACCAAUGGCUGGUAUGCCCACACCCACCAUACGCAAAGAUCAUUUGAAACCUUUGAACGUCAAUGGACCCACCACCCUGGGUGGGCUGACAGCUGCCCUCAAUGGCGGCAAUGGCAGUGCUGGCGGUUCUCACUUCUUUCACACACCAACGGGCCUGACCGCUAUAGCCGCUUUAAAAAAGAAACGUAAGAAAUUCUCAUCGAGUAAAAAUAUUUGCCCCGUCACCGAAUCGAUCUCGACGUCGAAUGCUGCGGAUUUAUUGAACGAUAAGGCAUUAAAACGUGUCUCCAGCUAUCCGGCCUCCGAUGGAACUGCUCAAAGCAAAGAUGCCGCCAAUGUAGCGAAACCGAGACGCCAUGAACAGACACAAAGUCAACAUGACUCAGUGGAAACGUCAACGGAAUUCACGCUGGCCAGUGAAAAGCAACAUCUGGAUCCAUCGAAUACAUCCGUUAAUUCGCGCGAACCAUUAAUUAGCGGCAGUAGUGGGGCCUCAACGGGUGUGAUCCAUUGAAUGGCACCUUUCGGACCCACAAAAUUGGCGGAGAUGGAAAUAAGGGGAUCCCCCUUUACAUCCAUCGACCAGAGAAUGAAACGAUAGGCAGCGUAAACAGAUUAUUAAUUGAUUAAUAAACAAAAACAAUAACAAAAAUCGGAGAGGAAAAAAUGAAAAGUGGGCACACGAAAGGCCAUGUUUUCAGUAAAUCGAAAAAAUAAAAUAUUUUAUUGUUUACAAAUGUUUGAAUGAAAAUCCCAAACAAUUUUGACAGUCAGCAAAGAGGAUGAUGAUGAUUUUGAAAUUGUUGAUAUUUGAGAAACUACGAAAAAAAAUAUUUAAAAUAUUGAACAUGCCAUUGACUGCCCAAGUAUGAGGAAGUCAUAGAAGCUCCAUCAAUACACACAUCAUUCAAAAUUCUUCAAAAAAUCAUACAUAUUUAUAUACUGAAAACAAUGCUGCCAUAUGGACAACUGCGGACAAACAACAACUACAAAAAACACUGCCGUUUCAUAAAAAAAAAUCGUAAAAAGAAAACAAAUCCGAAGAAAAAUAAUUUAUAACAAACUACCUAUAAACACUAUUUUGAGGAAAAAUUAUAAAAAAAUAAAGGAAACCAAAAUAAUAACAAUAAACAACAACAAGUAUUCAAUGAAAAAAAUCUCCAAGAUUUCUCGUCAAACGCAUGAAUAUCCAAUAAAAAAUACGAAAAAUACCAAAUGAAAGGAAUAUCCAAAAACAAACAUUUCACUUCUAAUCUCAAUCACCAAUGCCUACCUUUAACCACCGCACAAUUGCCUCGAAUCACUUUCACCAAACUACCUAAUCGGUUACACCCGCCCCAAGAAAAAGACACCUGAACACAUCUACAUAUACCUAUCAAUCUACAAUUUUCGGCUCCUAAUCUAUAUCACUCUCUAUCUUUAACCCUUCCAGUAACCGUACAUAUCAUGCACCACAAAUCACCAGAUUAAAAACGUUUUGAAAACACAAUGUUUCGGCACACACGAUUUUAAAAUUCCAAAUUUUCAAAUUAUAAUCAUAAAACCAUAACUCUAUACAGAAAACAGUGUCGGAGUAUAGGCA